UACUCUAUUGUGGUAAGGUGUAUAACCCUGCAGCACAACCUAUGUUAAUGAUUGGAGCUUUCCCAUAAACUUUACCAGUGACCAGGAGCAGUGCUUUGGCAAACGAGGAAAGCUCUUUCACAUAGCUUGUCAUUUUGCCUAGCAGCGAUACCAGGGACCUUCGGCUUGACCGUCAACAGUUUAAUCUCAAACCGGCCUUUUAUGGCGCGCUAAAGGAGCGUUCAUUGUCUGAAGCUUUCCAUGAAGAUUCCUUGCCCAGAAUGCAACCGGCUGUGCAGACGGAAAGUGGUCACGCGCGGCCAACAAAACCUAAACCGCAUUUACUACAAGUGUGAGCCCUGCAACCUCAAGGUGGGCUGGGAGGAUGAAUUGCGGCUGGGCGCACCGUUGAAGGGAAAGGACUCGCCGACCGAUGCUGCCCCAGCACCGCCGGCGCCAGCACCAGCAGCUGAUCCAACAGCAGAAGCAUCAAGGCCUGCAGCAGUCGCACCCUCCGCUGCUGCCCCUGCGACAGCGAGACCCGCAAGGCAGGCGGCGGCGGCAGAGCGGCAACCACCCACAGCACAGGCAGAAGCAGCGCCCGCUCCUCCGGCUCCGGCGCCACCGCCUGACGGAGCCGCCAGGCCACCGCCACCGCCACCAGCAGCUGUAACGGCAGGAGCCCCGAAACCACGAGCAGCAGCAACAGCAGCUCCCGCCCCAGCACAGGCGCCUGCUAAAGCCACAGCGGUUCCUGACGAUGCGACUGAUGACGAUGUGGAGCUGCUGUUCGAGCGCCCGGCCACAGCGGGCUGCAGGGCCCGCGGCGGCUCCGCCGGCGGAGCGGACCCGAGGGCCGCGGGCCGCCCUCAAGCCGCCCCGCAGGCCCUGUCUCCGGACAGCCAUGAGGAUGAAGAGGGAGGCAAGGCGUCGCCAACCCCGGUGAAGGUCGAGGGAGCUAAGUUGCGGUCCCCAGCCCAGGACGAGGUGCAGUCGCAGCCUUCGCCGCAGCCCAGGACGGUGCCGUCCCGGCCUGCGCCGGAGGUUGCGGGCACACGGCAAGCAGCAGGCGGCCAGCCGGCUGCAGGACAGGGUGGUGCAGCAGCUGCGCCUCAGCGUGCGCAUGCAACUGCGCGGCCAGUGAAUGUGUAUCCUGGGACGGGUGCUGGCGCCGCGGCUGCUGCGAGUACCGGCAAGGGGGGAGCAGCCAAGAGGAAACCAGAGGAUGACACGGCAGGGGCGACUGCUCGCGCGGCGAAGCGGCCCGCCCGGGGGAACGCGAGAGGCGCCACCGCUACCUUCCCAGCCGCUGCGCCGACAGGGCGUGCGACGGCGGCAAACGCUGUGCCGUCGCCUGCUGCAGCCGCCGCACUGGGGGCUUCCGGGGUGUCUCCUAAUGUUAACGCCGUACCUGGGUCACGCCGGCAAGACGCGCCAGCUCCCAAUGCAAGACCAGCAACAGCCGCAGAGGUGAGCAAGGCAGCGGCCGCUGUGCUAGCAGCCUCCAUGGCGGCUGCUAGGGCGGCGCAGCAACAGCAAGCCAUGCCGCCGCCUGGGCACCGGGCGGCCGCCCCCGCACCUCCGCACUCCGCAGCUGCGUCAGCCAGGGCCCCGGGUGAGGCCAGCGGCUCACACAGCCCAAUUCGCCUGGCCAAGCCUGGCAUGGACGUGGAGGAGGCGUUGCGGAUGGAGGUCCGGCGGCUGCGGUGCGAGGUGGCGGGGCUGACGCAGAGCCUCAAGCUGGAGAGGGAGCGCACUCAGCGGCUGGACGUGGUGAGCCGGGAGCUGAGCGACCUGCGGAAGCUCUACCAGGACUCCAUGCAGCGUGAGCGGCUGCUCAAUGAACGCCUGCAGCUGUACAUGAACCGAGAACGGGCGCAACAGCAAGCGGCCCAGCAGGCGGCCCAGCAAGCGGCCCAGCAAGCGGCGCAACAGGCAGCCCAGCAGGCGGCGCAGCAAGCGGCACAGCAAGCGGCCCAGCAAGCGGCGGCAAAGCAGCGGGCGCAGCAGCAAGCCGGGCAGUCAGCGGAGCAGCACCCGUACGGCUUCAACUUCUUCUGGAGUAACGGCGUCCCGCACUGCUUCUUCACAGGGCAGCAGCAGCAGGACUUCAUGAACGCCGCGUACGGUGCGGCUGCCGGCGCCGGUGCCGGUGCCGCGCAGGGGCACGGGCACGGGCAACAUGCAAGCGGCGCCUCGGCGCAGGGUGCUAGCAGCAAGCCCAAGACCGCCAAGCCGGCGCCCGCCGGUGCAGGCGCCGCCCCCGGCGGCGCCUCUGGCGGCGCCAGCGCCCAGCCUCCCCCGCGCCCCGCCCCUCCUGCGGACGACCCCGCAGUUCUCUCCUUCGCGCUCUCCUCCCCUCCUGCACUGGACGACUCCAUCAGCAUCAAGGCGCUCAAGCAGUUCCUGGUGGAGGCGGGUGCGGAGGCGCUGUGCCGUACUUGCUCCGAGAAGUCCGAGCUGCUGGGACUGGCGCGGGAGCGGCUGAACAGCUGGGAGAUCCGCCGCGCGGUGGCAUGCAGCAAGCUGUCCAACCAGGGGCUAGGUGACAGGGCGCUGUUCCGGCUGGGAUCGGCAGAUGCGGGCGGCACGCAGCGUGCGGGGCUGCCCAAGGCGUAUAAGGAUCUCAUGUUGCGGCUGCAUCCGGAUAAGAACCCGGGGGAUGACAUGGCCACGCCGGCGUUCCAGUACCUGCAAGCGGCGUACAGGCGGCUGAGUGCGGCGGCGGCGUAGUUGGGGUGCGAACCGGUGGCGGUAGGGGCGGUAGGAGGGUGAGAGGACGUAGGUGGUGGUGCAAGCGGGCCGCGGGUAUGGCGGGUGUAAGGGAGAUGGGUAGGUGUAGAGUGGAGGCGUUGGGGUUUGUGGCCAGAAGUGUUGUUGUAAGAAGCUCUGAAUCUGUCGGUUUUGUAGUGAAAGGCAGGGGUAUUAGAAGGGUGUUAUGCGUGGGCGCAUGCUAUAAAUGCUGUAUUGUUAUUUGGCGAUUUGCAAGGUAUGGUAGCUGUGUACGGUGCAUGGCUUCGCAUAGUUGCCUUGUCCUGCAGUGGUGUAUGUCGAACAGCGUUACCUGGCACGUGCGUGGCUUGUCGAAACUCUCUUUUCGGGUGCGAGCCCUUACUGUUGUUUGCUGUACAGGGAGUGUACGCAUGCUGUCCGGCAUGCCUUUGUGUGCUAUACAUGGUACGGCGCCAUCCACUGAUGGACUGCAAAGACAGCCAAGGUAUUGCCCAUGGCAAGGAUUGCAUCAUACGAUUGCUGUUAUGACGACCGGGUCGCUCAUAGGUUGGCAGCUUUCGCUAUUGGAAGGAUGCAAUGACAUUUUGUAUACCAACCAGUGCGUAUGUUGCAAUCAGUGUUAUUCUAGCUAUAUACGUGUCAGAUAAGGUGGCCGCGACAUCGCAGCAGUCUAAAUGCCCUGGAAACUGUACAACUUUCGGCACAUGUAACGAAGAUAUCGGGAGGUGUGACUGCCCCAAGGACCGAACAGGAGAAGACUGCUCAGCACUUGCCGAUGCUCGGACGUUGCUGAAGAGGUGCCAGAAGGCGUACUAUCCAACUCCAAAAGAAUGUGUGACUUCGGAGCUUUCGUGCCUCAAUAACUGCAACCGAAGGGGUCAAUGCAUAUCGGGAUGGUGUCACUGCAAACCAGGCCACUUUGGCGCCGACUGCUCCCUCUCGCUGGACUCCGCGGGUCGGCCCGUGCUGCUGGCGGGAAGCGGAUACACCACACGCAACAAGAGGCCGUGGGUGUACGUGUACGAACUGCCGCCUCACCUGCUUUCCUGGCCCAACACUAAGCGCCUGGAUCGCUCCACGCACCUGCACUUCUACCAGCGACUGCUGGGCAGCGGGGCGCGGGUGGCGGAUGGGGACGAGGCGGACUGGUACUACAUUCCGGUGCGGCAGCGCUCCACCUCCGACUCCGCCUUCCUGGGGGAGGCGCUGCACUACAUCCGCGCCACCUACCCCUGGUGGAACCGCACGGGGGGCGCACGGCACUUUGUGAUUCACACCGGUGACCUGGGUGUGGAUGAGGUGAACACCGCGGUACGGCAGCAGGCAGCCAACGUCACCUGGCUCACACACUGGGGCCUCACGGCGGACAAGGUGCUCUCCGGCUGGCGCAAGGCGCACCGACCUGACAAGGAUGUUGUCAUCCCGGUGUACCUGACUCCGGGCCACUUCAAGCACUUUGGUCUGGAGCGCACGCCGCUGCACCCGCUGGCUGACAAGCGCACCCGCAACACGACGUUCUUCUUCGCGGGCCGCAUCUGCGGCGACCGCAAGCCGCCCCUCACCGGCGUGUGGCCCAACUGCGGCCCGCGCAGCCGCGGCUACAGCGCCGGGGUGCGCCAGUUCGUGCACUACCACCACUGGAACCGCACCGGCUUCCGCAUCACCACACACGAAAAGGCGUACGGCACCGCACUGGCCAGCAGCCGCUACUGCCUGGCUCCCCUGGGCGGGGGACACGGGCAGCGGCAGAUCAUCGUGUCGCUGAUGGGCUGCCUGCCGGUGUGCAUCGCGGACGAUGUGUAUGAACCCUGGGAGCCGGCGCUAGACUGGCAGCGCUGGGGGGUGCGGGCGGCGGAGGCGGACAUACCCCGCCUGCAUGAGCUGCUGGAGGCGAUUAGUGAGGAGGAGUAUGCGGAGAAGCAGGCGGCUCUACGCUGCGCCGCCCAGCACAUGCUGUACAGCAGCAUCUCUGGCGGGCUGCUGGGCGAGGACGGGCGCUACGACGCGUUUGAGAGUGCACUGGAGGUGCUGCGGGUGCGGGGGCGGCACCCGGGGGAGCCGCAAGCGAGGUUCGGGCAGCUGGAUGCGGACUUUGCGGAGUUCAUGAGCUGCAGGGAGCCGCGGGGGUGGCCAGUGUCUGGGCCGGUGCCUGACCCCUGGGGGCUGAGGGCGGCCGGGGAGCAGGAAAAGGAAGCGGGAAAGCGGGGAAGUGGAGUGAGG